AUGUCGCGGGAGGAGCCUGAGGGUCCCGAACCGGAGGCGGCGGCGGGACAGAGCCCCUUCCCGGAGGAACCGGGUGAGGACGAGCCCCUCGGUGAGGAGCAGGACAGCCCCCCGGGGCCGGGAUGUCGCGGGAGGAGCCUGAGGGUCCCGAACCGGAGGCGGCGGCGGGACAGAGCCCCUUCCCGGAGGAACCGGGUGAGGACGAGCCCCUCGCGCGGGCGGGCGCAGCUGCCCCCCCGGGCCCCGGGGACGGCGGCCGUGCCAGCGCCGGGACGAGCCGCGGCCCCGCUCGGGCAGGUCUCGGAGCUGGCGGAGCAGCUGGAGGAGCGGCUCUUCCACCGCUACGGCUUCCACAACGGGCUGAUCCAGGAGCGCCUGCAGGCGAUCAGCGAGGUGUUGGAGCGCGUGGAGGAGGCGCAGGCGGAGCUGCGCCACAUCUGCUGCACCGUGGAGGCGGCUUAUCAGGACCUCUGCCUGCAGCCCGAGACCUGA